AUGGCCUCUGAAGAACUCAAUAACCUAGUUAGAAAACCAUCCGCAAGACGUUCGAAGCCCGAUAUGGCGGCUCUAGUAGACCAACAGAGGUUGUUCCAAAGUCCCUGGAGUCGAAAGCCUUUAUUCCAGCUAGAAUCACUUGUACCAGUUGUAUCUUUGCAUGAUGUAGGAUCUCAAUCAAGUAGUAUUGAACGGGUCGAUAUGACAUCAUUUGUUGCUGAAAAACGUUUCCUCAAACACCCAUCUGCUUCAUUCUCUUCAUCAGAUGAUUCAGAUAUUAUUGAAAACAAUAAUAUAAAUUCAAUUGAUGAAGAUGAUAAUCUACCUUUGUCUACAUUCCUUCCUUUAAAAUCAGAUACAUUGACCAAUAAUACAACGAUUAUUACUAAUCAUCAUUAUCCUAAUAAUAAUAAUAAUUCCAAUGAUAGUAAUCAUGAUCAAAAUAAUUUCAUACCAUCUUGUCCAUGUACAAAACCAGCAGUUUUAGAUGAUCCACGAUUAGAUGGAUUAUUUUGUUCAACUGAAUGUCUUAUACGUACAUGUCAUGAAGCAUUUGAUAUAUGGUUAAAAAAUCAUCAUUGUAUUAAAAAUGAUUCUAUCAUUUAA